AUGGCUCUACGAAACUUCCUCUGGGGCAUGGGCAUGAUUGGAUGCCUGCCACAGGUGUAUGCCAUCGAUGCUCUCAGGUUCUCAGUUGGAACAGCUACCCUUGCCCUGGGAGGCACGAACACGGCUACGGGAGAAAGGAUGCUCUUUAGGAGUGAUGCCAGUCAAGCAUGGAAAGAGGUUGACUCCAACACCAGCCAAAGCCCACUAUUUGCAAAUUUUGGAGGAGCGACGAUUAGCUACUGCGAAGGGGCGAACAGCGGAAUUCCCGGGGACACUGAUUUCAGCUGCGAGUUUAUUGGACGUGAUGCAGGAGGUGAUGAAACGUCAGUCACCUUCAAAGCAUUUAGCGACGUUUCAAUGUAUGGAUUGGGCUCAAUAACAGGAGAUUAUUGCGGUGGCACUAUCUAG